AUGUCCAAGGUGCCCCUUAAAAAUGCCACCCAGUCUCUUCUGCAGGAUUUCUUCAGUCCAACGCCGAAAACGGGCGCCACGGGAACAAUGAAGAGGGCACUGGCUUCGAAUACCCCAAGUUCAGCAGACGGGGCAAGCUGUUCUAAGGGUCCACGGCUUGAUUCUGGUGAUCAGGUUGAAAACAAAGGUACGACGCCUUAAGACGCUGCUUCCAACACACAAACGAAUAUUUCCACCCUCCUCCCCGACAAGUUUUAUACCCGACGAGUAGAAUUACAUGUCCCCCUCUCAAACAGUGUUCGUCGGGUUUAGCUGCCCAGCUUCGGGGACCAAAGUUUCCCUCUCUCCGGCUUUAAAAAAACUUGGCGGUGGAGUCUCGAGAAGUCUGCCGGGAAGGCAAUGCUUUUUCGUCGCCCGAUUGCUGCGCGCGCGUGGGACAACUUUCAGUGGGAGCUAGCUGGGAAGCUUGGUAGAUCCACGUCUGACGAGUAUGCAUUCGUGGACCAACAACAGCUGCGCCAGUAGACCGCUGAGUAUCGAGACCCUACUAUCAACUGCCGGAGGGUCCGGUGGUGGCACUGCAGUAGUGCUGUCGGAGGACCACCCCUCGAGUUCACAACACCGACUUCUCCCCCAAUGGGGCAGUCUGCAUUCGUUGCGACAUCGCUAGAAUAACUCAGGUUGUCGGAGGAAGACGACUGAGGAGAUUUGAACGCGUUUCUCGUUGUCCGCGUCAUGAGCUCAGUAUUGCUGCACUUGAUCCGACGCUGUUGCCCACCUGGAGGCGCCGAAGAGGAGGCUAGUCUAAAAUCUGGCUUGACACAGUCUGCUAAGACAAAUAAGUAGUUAUUGGAUACUUUGUGGUGGGUCUCCGUUGCUGGGGGAGAGGAGGAAUGGGUCAAGCUCUCCAGAUCUGUUGUUGCAGAUCGUCACACGUGAGGAGACACAAUUCGCGACAUCACCGAGACCGAUCCGACACGACACUCUAGAGGGGAGGAGCAAUUUCUCAGCUCCUGAACCCGAUCAGUUCGGCCAUCUCAGCCAAGAUGCGGCUUGAGGACGUGUCACUGAUCAAUCGUAAUUGAUUGCACCCAUCACCGAUCUGGGGGACCCUUGCUAUAAUAUCAAAACUGGAGAACGAAGGAGCACAUGAAGAGGAAAUCUACACGUGUUCACCGUUAUUAGUGCUGUGGUUACGCGGUCACUUAAUACUUGCACGAAAUGUUCUACAACCACUCCCCUGAUAUAAAAGCAUGUCUUUCAAGACUGUUGUUUGCCCAGUAGCUAACUCUUUCCCGUCGAUCCCUCUUCCUUCAGACCCCGCCAGCCCUAAAGACGAAGAAAAAAUAAAGCAUAGACAGUCAGUAGCCCAAAUGCUCCUGAAGCUGCCACCUCCCAGCAAAGCCUUGAUUCGUGGUUUGGACCCUGAUUGGCUCUUCCACCUCACGAACGUCGUGCAGGAUGCCAAAUUUUCCCUCCUCGCAGAGUUUAUCGAAAAGGAGCGCAAGGCUGGGACCGUCUACCCUCCUCCCGAUCAGGUAUGCCCGUCUGCAGUAAUCCCUUUUCCCCAAAUACGCCUUUUUAUCAACUCGAAUCCUCCUUCCAGCGUUCGCGCACAUGUCUCAACAGACCCUUUUUUGCAAGCUUCCAACAAACUUCAGCCUGUUCCCCCACGGCGCUGAGAGUGCAGCGUCCUGUCAUCUGUGAGUGGGAACAACACAGGGAUGAGUUAAGCCCGGCCUCGAAGAUGAGCGCCUUUAAUCCCACCAGGUCUACCUCUGUUGCUGAUGCCUAAAUACUCGACCGCAUUGAGGGCGUGCAUGUGUAGCUGUUGUAUUCGAGGCACGGUAGUUGUAGUUACUGCCGGACCGGCUGCACAAGGCCGGUGUCGGGGGAAAUCCACUGACCCUGCCUCGUACUUCAGUGUAUAUCUCGCUUCGCACGAUACCAAGCUACCACCCUGUCGGGUGCCACAAGGGGCAAGACUUUUGUACUCAGGAUGACGCACUAUGCCUGAGACGUCUGCCUUUGCCUGUUCUUAAUGCGUGAGUCCGCCUUGGAGACUGUCGGCCGCACUGAAGUAACCAUGUGGGAUUGGCAUCCCCCAAGUCUUACAGUCAGUAGUAGGGCCACUAAGUUAGUAGCCACUUUGCCGCACCCCUCUCCCUCAGAGACUGAGAGGAGCGGAGGUUGCCAGCCAACGACAGUUCGACUGUCGUGCCCGACGAUGUCCACUGUGUGCUCCACAGCAAGGCGAAACAGGCGCAGUGACUUGCGCGUGCGUUAGUUUAUGGUGCUAGUAGACUUGCGCAACAUCUACCGCACCCUCUCCCCCCCCCCCACCCAUGGGCUCAGUGUCAAGACAGAGUCAAGAAGACCGAAGGCGGGGGAGGACGCACGUGGAUGACGCGGUCGUGCCCGCACCUUGGCGCUCCACCCCACACCCCCUGUCCACACAAUUGACCGGGAUUUUAAACCAACAACAACAACAAUGGGGGGAGGGGCGGCAAGGAUCCCAAUGUGCGCGACGUCAGCCUGCCCCCGCACUCCGAAGUGUUGAAAUUUUGUUAUGAUGUACAUUCCGACAACACCUGCCAGAAUCCAGAGUGGUUCCCAUGUUGGUCCAGGGCAUCUACCGCGCGGCCCGUCCGGAGGGUACAGGUAACUAGCCAAUAGGUGUUAGUUGAGGCCAGCAGUGAAAGACCCAAUGCGGGAACAGUAAUGACUGUGGCUGAACCGCUGUUCGACCGUAUUUUAAAGUAUCACGCGUUGUCCACCUCUGUCGUACGACUCCCCGUGUCACAUCUACUUGUUUUGUCCAAACUCCGCCAGGGCCUCCAGUUUACGCCCUUCCCACUGCUCCCAACAUGAUCUUCCCAAUACUCUGUUGCCACGACGUUUUCAGCUCGAGCUCUCGAUCGGAGCUAAAAGGCGAGACGGGAAUACCCACUUCCGUCUCGCAACCAGGACAACUGAUGGCGUGGACCCAUCUGUCUAGUAGCAGAACUGUCCCAGAUGUUAUUUCUUAUCCGGUAGCUUUGAUACAAUACCAAAUUCUUCGCCGGACCAAACCCACCCGAGGUCAUCGUCAAUGUCAGAAUGCACGUAGACUAAGCUGGACAAUUCGUGUAAUUGUCUGAGGAUUUAAUCAAGAUGUACGAGCACUAUGGGCCGAGACAGGGGAAUCGACAACAGAAAAGCACGCAUGAAAAUUACCAUAUUAUCGUUUGGUUACUAGCAGGCAGUUAGUAGUAGUGUGGGUGGGGUCAACAUGGGCGGAUGGUUCCGUUGGUCCCACACCUCUUGUCUACCCGGCCAGGGGCUGGGGUACGGCUGGCUGGCCACAAAAGGCGAUCAGAAAUGCCCCUUUCAGUCUCCGUUGUCUUCUCUGACAAUACUUAUUCACUGCAAGUCAUCUUUCCUUACGUGUGCAACCACUGCCUUGACGAUAUGCGGAGUGGCCGCCCAGGCCCUUACAUGCUAAUGGUUAAUGAUCAUAGGACCCAUUAAUACUGCAAUAUUCAGUGACAGUUAAUUCUAGCGCUCUCCUCUACCCAUUAGGUCUUUUCCUGGAGCAAACUGACAAAGCCAACGGCCGUCCGGGUGGUUAUUCUAGGUCAGGAUCCCUACCACGGACCCAAUCAGGCUCACGGACUCGCCUUCUCCGUGCAGCGACCGCAGCCACCACCGCCCAGCCUGAUCAACAUGUUCAAGGAGAUCGCCUCAGAUUGCGCUGAACAGCUGGCCUCUGCCCAACCCACACGUCAGUGGCCCCCCAAGCACGGUGAUCUGACCAACUGGGCCAAUCAGGGCGUCCUCCUGCUAAACGCUGUACUGACAGUGCGUCGGGGACAGCCCAACUCUCACAAGGAUCGUGGCUGGGAACAGCUCACCACUGCCGUAGUCAGAACCCUCAAUAAGGAGAACUCGGUAGGUGCACAUGCUGCAUAUCUACUGUCGAUCUUUGCCACCGAGGGGGAGGGGGGGAGAGGCGGGGUUAUGGAGGUUCUGGGGAGUUUGCCUCAGUUUCCAUGCGGUUUCUAUGCACCUGUGUGUUGGUGAAGAUUAUCGGCUCCCACGCUCAUCGCACGCAGUCGAGCUGCUGACUGCCGGACUUCAUCUCUAUGGGCCCUUGGACAAUUUGACUCGCCGACAUUGCAACCAUGUCGGAGAAAUCGGAAGACUGCUCCGGACGCGGAUGGCCGAGCACGCGGCGGCAGCAAGUAGGAACGACGCCAACUCCCAAGUCGUGUCUUAUUUAGCCGGACCCAACCACACAUUCAAGUCUGGCGAAGCAGGAAUUCUUGCUAGAAGCGACAAUCGCGCGAGCCGCGAACCGCAUAUCUACCAUCUGUCGCAGUCUUUGUCGUCGAGGGGGUUAUGGAGUUUCUAGAAAAUCUGCUUCAGUGUGUUUUUGUGUUCUGCAACAGUAGGUUUUCUUACUAGACUUCUAUCAAAAUGCAUUAGGAGCUAUGUACCAUUUGUGUGCGUAUAGGAGAAUCACACAUUCCAGCCGAGUUCACUUAACUCGUCUACCAGGUCAGAGCACAAUUUAACCUUUCUGGGAGGGAGAUCGCACGUUCCUCGCCCCAGCUACGGGUCCGGCGCUCAGCUCUGCAUUGUCCUCUCGGAAGCCGCCGUUUGCGGACAGUGUACUAACAUAUAUGCACCCAAUACGUCUGUGCUUGGCUUGAUCGCAGUGGCGGUAGUUUUGAGUGAGCAUGCGGCAUUUUUACGGUACAACGGCUGUCUUUCUCCACAAUCCACACCAAUAAAAGUAUUGCUUCCCAGGCUUAUAUAAAUGUUCGAGGAUAAUUGAAUUGCAGGCUGAUAGCGCACGUCGCAAAGCAACAUUUGCAACUAGCAACAGACUUUGCUUCUCUAUUACGAGCCAUUGCUGGGCCCGGGAGUUGCGCUCUGUGGUGUGAAGGAAGUUAAUCCAUGUUGACUGUGCAUGUCCUGGCCUCUGCUAUUAUAUCCACCGGUCUGUGCGACGUCUAAUAACACAACAGGUAGACCGUUCGAUGUGGCGGCUGCAAGGUUCAGGUCCACGCACGUCGACCCCUCCCCUCUCUACUGAUCGCACAGCUUCGCCGCCUCUCGGUCCUGCCCUACACGCUCGACGCCCACUCAGACUACCGUCAGGCGUAGAAAUGAUUUAUUGCCGUUAGCUGUCUUUUAUGCUGACUAGCCUUUGCUCGGUUUUAUAGUUGGAUCCCAGGCCUGCGAAAUUGCAUGCACGAGCAAACCGCGCCAACCUCUUAUUCCCAAUCUCCCGAUUGUCAACGUACGACUUCCUCGGGUGGCUCAGGCCCCAUGCAGCAGAACGCUAUUUCAGCCCGACUGGCCAUGGCUUUAACUGAAGGGUGUUCAUUUUUUCAAUUGCUUGCAGAAUCUGGUCUUUUUGCUGUGGGGAGCCAACGCGCAGGCACAGGCCUCACAGAUUGACGCCAAGCGGCACCUCAUACUGCGGGCACCGCACCCCUCACCUCUGUCUGCCAGCAAGGGCUUCUUCGGUUGUAGACACUUCAGCCAGGCCAAUGAGUAUCUCCGUCAGCACAAGAAAGCGCCCGUCGAUUGGACCGACCUUUAA